GAAAAAGGUUGGUUAGCCCUCUAAAACCUUAGUUGGCAUCAUUCCCAUGCUGUUUGACUUUGCUUCUCCGUUGUUCUAAUUUCUCAAUAUAUUUUAUUGAUGCUAUUGUAUAAUAAAUCAUGAAUCUGUCAAUACCUGGGGCGGCUCUCCAGUUCAAACCGGUUUUCCUCUUUGCAAGAUUAAAGCUGUUUUGCACAAACUUUUGUUGGGUUUUCUUAUUUGCAUCCUUAGCUUUUGAAUCUCCUAUGGAUUGUAUCUGAUUUGGCUCUCUUUGUUAUUGCAAAUCUGGGUCUUCAAUCUCUGCUCUCUCUUGCGGCUGAUAUGAUUGAUCUCCAAGGUGCCUCCUUUUUCUGUACUAGGUUGUCUGUUCUUUAAUGGUUUCAUAUCCUAUGUUUUUGUGAUUGAAAAUCUCUAGUUCUUCUAUUGCUGUUCCUUAAUAAGAAACCCAGAUUUAGCUUCAAGGAAACUCGAAAAAACCCAUCGUUUUGAUUCUAGAAUUUCUAGUCUCUAUGAUGAUGGGUGGUGGAUCGUUUAAAUUGUUCAUCUGUGUUCUAUUAGUACCAUAUUUCGCAUGUUUUGCUAGUGGAUUUACUCCUGCAGACAUGUACCUUAUAGACUGUGGAUCACCUACCAACACUACGGUGGGUGACCGGGUUUUCAUGGCGGAUAACUUGGCCUCACAAUUACUUUCAACCCCUGAAAACAUCUUGGCCAAUAAUACAUCCGCAAAUUCUGCCACAUCAUCUGGUGAUUCGGCUCUUUAUCAAACAGCAAGAAUUUUUACUGCAACCACGAAGUACACGUUUUCAAUCAGCCAAAGAGGGAGGCAUUGGAUUCGCCUUUAUUUCUACCCAUUUGUCUAUAGGAAUUACAAUUUGAGCUUGGCAAAUUUCUCUGUUUCCACCCCAAAUUAUGUACUCCUUGGGAAUUUUAAUCCUGCUGGCUUGUCUUUUAAAGAAUUUUCAGUAAAUGUGACAUCCAGUACUCUUGAAAUCACCAUGACCCCUUUCAAAAAUUCGUUUGCCUAUUUAAAUGCUUUGGAAGUUGUCUCGGUCCCUGAUAUCCUCAUCACUGAUGAUGCCGCCUCUGUCAACCCUCCGGGAGUUUCCAAGGUUUGA